AUGCCACCUAAGAAGAAGGUGCCUGCUGUCAGCGAUGUCUCUCGAAAACCAGCCACGGAAAACGACCUCCGUUUCUUCGAGUCGUACCUCCGCAACAUGAAGACCCAGCCCGACGUUGCCUGGGACGAUGUCGCCGCCGACAUGGGUCUAGCCCACGGCGGAUCUGCCCGCGAGCGCUUCCGACAGAUCAAGCAGAAGCUGGGCUGGGGCGUUGGUGCCGCGACGCCCAAGAGGAAGAAGAAGACUGCUGCCGUUGUGGAGGCCGAUGAUAGCGAUGAUGUCCAGACCGCCGAGCCCGCCCCCAAGAAGCAGAAGUCGACCAAGAAUGCCGCCGCCGGCAGCAAGAAGGACAACGUCAAGACCGAGGAUACCGAGGGCCCGGUCGAUCAGGACUGGGGUGGUCUUGCUUAA